AUGAUGACAUUGUUAGCCAUUGCCGAUGCACAAGACUAUGAUGUAACAGAAAUUCAAUGUUCAUUUGCAUCAGCUGGCACAUCGUUGGGGGACAUGAUAACAGCCAAGUUAAAGAAACCUAUUGGAUUCAAAGGUCAUCCACUCUUCGCUGAUGAUCGUUCAGUAAGCCCGGAGAACGAUUAUUCUUGCACUAUCAAGUCAGAUCGAUCUGAUCUAUCAGAUUUAAAUUAUGACUUAAAAAUCACUGACUUCACAAGGUGCGGAGUGUUGAAAAGAAACGGCUUUGUUCAUGUGCGAAUAUGGUUCCCGCAGUUUCCUGGUGUUGUGAUGCAAUCAGAUCAAGAAUUAAUCAUCAUGUGCAAACCACCAGAGCCUACGGUUAUCCAAAAUAAAGCAGCUGGAUUUGCGGGCAGUUUCCCACAUGGAGCGCGAGUGUCUGGAGUUGUUGAAGAGACACCUGGAAGAUUGGAAUAUGAAGUUGCGUUGUAUAAAGAAGCACCACCACCACUUGGAAGAAUUAAUGGUCCGCAUGUUCAUGGACAUUUACCAAAAAAUCACUCAGCUAGUGCACUUCAAGGAUUAAACAAUAAUGAAGUGCCAGUUGAUCAAGCUGUUCCAAUUGGGACAAAACUUCAACUUCGUGCUCGUAUCAGUUUACAAAGCGUAUGGAAAUAUGUGAAACUAAUGGAAGUUACGGUAUCACCCGAUCCUGAUGAACCUCAUGCAGUUGGUUCAGUUUCAUUGGUUAGAGAUGGUUGCAGAAAUCGCGAUUUUGCCUCAAUCAUUCCACAUCAACCUGCAAGAUACAGAGAUCGACCAAAUGAAGUAUUUCUCGAUUUUGAAGCAUUUUUACUCAGCUCGAUGAAGGAAAGAUCAACACUUUGGAUUCAUUCACAAAUAAAAGCUUGUAUGGAUGCUGCUGAUUGUCAACCAGAUUUUUGUCUUGAUAUUUAUGAUCAAACUGGAAACGGUAAACGUCACGGAGGUCAUGGACGUAAACGAAGAGCUAUUGACCACAAUAAGAAUGCAACUGAAUAUACAAAAUUCAAAGAGAAUCUUCAGUACACUGUUUUGAUGCCAGGGGAAUUAUCCAACGGUGUAAAUUACAAUCAAUCUUCAGAACAGUGUAGAAAUUUUGUUGUCAUAUCUGGAUUGCUUGCUGGAUUACUGGCACUUUCAACGAUUAUUACUUGCGGACUCGCUUCAAGACUUCAAAGUAGCGGAAGGAAGAGUUUAGAUGACUUUGCGAAUUCUGGAUAUGCUGGUCGAGCCGUGACGCAGUAACGACUUUUAGAUUUAAACGUUUAAGGCAUUUUAGACCCUUAGUUAAAUUGUUUAUUUAUGAAACUAAUUUUAAGAAAACUUAAUCAACUGAUAAUGAGCCUUUUUAUCAUCAACAUACACUUUAUGGAAUUAGGCUCAUUGUCAUGAUGAAGGAAAUUAUUUUAAUAAUUUUUUAAAUUGAUUUAAGCUUUGUCCUUUGUAAAUUAAGAUGAAAAAGAAAAAAUAGAAAUAGUGUUUUGUAGGAUUUGUUAAAUUGGAAAAUAAAUUUCAUAUUUAACACAUGGAGCUAAUGAUACCAAAAGUGAUAUCUGGAAGCAUUUUGGUUGAUC